AUGUCUUCUAACUGGAGAAGAGCAUUCAGUUUUGCAACUUGCUUCAGUACACGUUGACCGACCGGAACGGAAAAGUGACCAACCCAACCAAUUUAAAAAUGAAACUGAUCAUUUUCUUCGCUGCCCUGAUCGCCGCCGUCGUGGCCCAGAACGGUUGCGUCCGGGAUGAUUCCGACGGACGUCCGGCCUGUAACGCCGCCGAAGUGACCCAGGGCAGAUGGCGCAACAACUGGGACCCCACCGCGUACUGGGUGUGCACGACGGCCGGAACUGCCGCCACCCUGGUCCGUUGCCCCACCGAGGGAAUGUUCGACCCCAUCACCCUUAACUGCAUCAACUGGUUCGAUUGGGUCUGGCAGCCAACCUGCAGACCACCAAGUGCCCUGGCUUAAGCUGUGCUUGUUCGAAUUAAUGUGAAAUAAACGGAAAUUAUACUAGUGAAAAGCAUAACGAA